AUGAAACCUGAUGACAGACCAUUGUGGUUUGAUGUCUAUAAGGCAUUUCCUCCUACAGUUGAGCCUAAAUUUGCAAGAACAAAACCAGAAAACAAAUCUAUUAGACAAAUACUCUACACAGAAGAUGUUAUUAGAGCGAAAUUUCAUUCAAAGGGUCAUGGAGUAAGUUCCAAUAUGUUUAACCAAGUUGGAGAAACACAAACCAGAAAACUUAUUAAAAAGUAUGAACAAUUCAAAGCCGAAGGUGUGCCUGAAGAAGAAAUAAUUGAAAAAUCCGUUGCAGCAGUUGGUAGCGAGCGACAACCAACGGAAUCUGUAAAGAAACCCGAAACUAUGACUCCCAAUGUUCUGGCAGAAGCCAAUCUAAAGAACAUUUUCAAAGAA